GAGAGCCUCAGCAUUAACCUCUUGAGCAGCGUGAGCACAGACUGCGCUUUGCCGGCAGCUCAGGCCUUGGGCUCACAGCCCUGCCGAGUGGCCAUCACCGAACACUUGUCACCAGGGUCAGAAGAGGAGCGGGCAGCAGAGCCCAGAGCCCAGCCUGUGGAUUAUGGCUUUAUUGUGGCUUUAGUGUUGCUAGUGAGCGGAAUGGUCCUGGUGAUCGUGGCCUACGCCAUCCCCCGGGAACCCAAACUGGAGCCAGAUGUGGUGAGCGCUCGGCAGAUGGAGAAGCUGGAGCAGCGAUACGCGUGGUUGGGCUGGCACCUGGACAGGUGUAUCAUUGCGGGCCUGGGGCUGCUCACACUGGGAGGAAUGCUGCUCUCCCUGCUGCUCAUGGUCUCCAUCUGUAAAGGCCAACUCUACACCAAGACAUUCACCAUCACUGGCCGAGCCAGAAAGACCUACGGAUCCAUAAACCUGCGAAUGAGGCCAAUGGACGGGGAGGCGCGCCAGGGCCUGGUGGAAUGUGAGGUCACCCCAGUGCCAGCAGCCGGCUCUGAGUAAGCAACAACAACAACACAUGUGUAGCGCCUUACACAUCCCAGCAGCUCAGGAAACACCCUGCGCGUUUCAAAACAAUAUAUUAUAAUAAUGUGGUCACUGAAUCUA